CAACGAAAAUCAAGAUGGUCGAUUGGAUAACAGCAAUACUGGUUUUAUACAUGUCAUCGUCUGCGUUUCCCCUGUAUGUAUACGACUGCCCUCUCGGCUGGGAGUUAUUUGAAGAGAAAUGCUACCACUUCGUCUUCUACCCGGAGCGAACUUACGGCCAGUCGACCACGGCGUGUCAGAUCAACGGCGCUAGUCUGCUCAGUAUAAACACUCGACAGGAACACAGCUUUAUCUCACAAUGGCUGGAAACCAAUGAUAAAAGCAGGAAAAGAAAAUGGUGGACAAGUGGUAUAGGAGCCAAUGAGAAUCUUCGAUGGGAAGGUGACGCCACUUCCGGUCUACGAACCGAUGACUUUUGGGUAGAUGAAAACGAUCGGACAGAUGACAUCCGUCAUAUUGUUUAUGAAUAUUCAUCCGUCGUUUCAUCGUUUGGAUGGGGAAGAGAAUCAGACAGUAUAGUCCAGCCGUCUGUUUGUGAAAUUAGUCUACACGAGACUUACAGGAUAGUCCAGGCAGCCAGAGAUCACACCUACGGAACAAGUGUAUCUAAUACAAACGAUAUUCCAAGGGGACCCAAAUUAACGAUCACGCCUUCACAUAUGAUUGUGGUCAGCAAAAUCAAGUCUGCCUUCAUAGAGUGCGCAGCAGACGGCAACCCGCCGCCAUAUUACACAUGGUUCAGGAAGUCGACGUCGACGUCACCGGAUGUGGAAAUUACGUCAGCGAUGAAUACGAGAUACACUUUGACCAAUGGGAAGCUGUCUAUAGCGGAGCCCAAUGUGACGGCUGACGGUGGUGAUUACCAGUGUAUCGCCUUCAACAGGAUGGGAGUCGUGAUGAGUGACACGGUCCAAGUGUCAUUCGGAUAUCUGUCAGAGUUUUCCAAUGACCCGCCAGGCUCGGUACGAGCACAGCUGUACCAAGGAACAGUCAUCGCCUGUAACCCUCCAAAUCAUAAUCCAGCUGUUCGAUAUCAAUGGUACAAGAAUUCGGCAAUGAAUUUUGUUCGACCGGAAAUGAACCAUUACUUGUUUAUCUCCCACAACGGAAAGCUCUACUUCUCGGAAACACAGCAGUUAGAUGCCGGGAACUACCACUGUGUCGUGACGCUGACUGCGCCUCCAGGACAGAAAGUGGCAACCACCCAACCGCCGAGUAGAACCAGUCUGGGCAUCCAGCUUGUUAUUACUGGAGACACUGCCAGUGAUUUUGGUCCUACUAUUCACAACGAUUUCCCAGCGGUAUUCCCAAGCCCACCUUUAAAAGGAGAAGAUAUUCGACUUGAAUGCAUGGCGUACGGAAGACUACCCCUGUACUACUGGUGGACUCGAGAGGGUCUGCCCCUUCCGGAGAAAACUCAAUAUCUCGAUCGUAACCGAGUCCUGCUGCUGCCAGACGCCGAUCUGGAAGAUGGCGGGAAAUACACGUGUCACGUGAGAAGAGGGACGUCAUCGUCGGACUCCAAGACUAUUCAGCUUGUAAUAGAAGCCAAACCCUACUUUGUCUUCCCUCUGCAAGAUCAGCACGUGGAUAUCGGAAGUCGGCUAUCGUGGCGGUGCGAGGCCGCGGCUAAACCACGUGCCGCAUACACGUGGUACAAAGACGCAAAACCUCUGACGUCACAGCCCGGGACAUUCGAAAUAAAUGAAAACGUGCUGAUAAUAGAUAAAGCUGCCCCAGAGCGACACAGCGGGAUGUAUCAGUGUGGAGCCACCAACAGGCACGGCACCACGUUAUGCAGCGCACAGCUUAGAGUUCUUGGCAAGUACAGACUUUCUGGCAGUUGGAGUUUACAUGUGAUAUCUUUCCCGCCAACAUUCAUCAAACGGCCUGUCGUCUCGUCACAAUUGGCCACCAUUAACGGCAACGCUACGAUCAUAUGCCAACCGGAAGCGGCACCACAGCCAGAAAUAUUAUGGCGCAAAGACAACCGUGAUCUUGGUCUUACGCCUGGCAGUCAAGGCCGAAUCCAACUCUUACCAAACGGCAAUUUGCUCCUGACUGAAGUGAACCUGAGGGAUGCUGGUUACUAUGAGUGUGAAGCGACUAACAUGUACGGAUCGGCAAAAAGUGGAGGACAUCUUGAAAUCACCGAGCAGACGACGAUAGACACGGCGCCGAGUGACACACGGGUCGUUCAGAACGGAACGGCGUUCUUCUUCUGUCAGGCAUCCUAUGACGUCACUGCGCACGACCUCGUCUACGUCUGGAAGUUCAACGACAAAGUCUUGAACGUCGACGACGACUCACACCUGCAAAAGGGUUCAAGAGAAAGAUCGUCUGGUCUCUAUAUCCGGUACGCCCAGUUCAGGCAUGCUGGGAAAUACGAAUGUACGGCUCAGACAGUUCAGGACUCUGUCUCCUAUCAGGCAAUACUUACAGUUCUAGGACCUCCAGGUGAACCGGCAGGCGUGUAUGCUGAGAUAGACGGGACAUCUGCGACGAUAAUAUGGACGCCUGGGACCGACCACGGCAGUCCUGUCCACAGCUUCAUGAUCGAGUACAACACGAACUACAACCACAACUGGAGACUUCUAACACAAUACAUUCCAUACACGGAGUCCAUAGUGGAGGAGUCAAACAGACGGAAGUACACCGUAACUCACCUCAGCCCGGGGUCACUGUACUCGUUCCGGGUCACAGUAUCAAAUUCUUUCGGUCGCGGAACGCCUAGUGUGACGUCACCUAAGUAUAAGAUCCCCGACGCGCCUCCUGUUUUGGCUCCCCCUGAGGUGGGAGGAGGGGGAGGUCCGGUGGGAAGUCUCGUCAUCACAUGGGCGCCUCUAGCACCUGAAGACCACCACGGAGAAGGCACUGGCUACCGAGUGUACUGGCGGAAAUACACGAUCACUGAUAGCACGUGGCAACAACAUGUUGUCGAAGGAAGAGCGUCGAAGUACACUGCCAUUGUUGGUGUCGAUAAUUUCUUCUCAGAGUACGAGGUGAAGGUCGCCGCCUUCAACUAUCUAGGUCAAGGACCCAACUCUACCAUCACCGUUAUCAUGUCCGCCGAAGACAUGCCCAUCUGUACACCGUCCAAUGUGUAUGGGGAUUCGCUGAAUGGAACUGCAAUCAUGGUCUUCUGGGGACACUGCCCAGACACACGUGAAAUGAUGAAAGGGCGUGUCCUAGGUUAUCAGAUAAACUUCAACUUGGAGGACGACGACUUGAUGAACUCCAUCUCGCACUACGGCCAGAUGGACAGCGGCAACGUGAUCGGCCUGCUGCCGGACUCCGACUACUGGGUCAACGUGCAGGUCUUCAACACCGCCGGCUACGGCCCCCGCGGCGAGCUCGCCAGAAUCAGCACCUUCACCAACCCGCCGCUCCUCUACCCCGAGUAUGUGGAAGUUUCGUCGUACGGUGCCGAAAGUGUGCUUGUGUCGUGGCGAGGGAUUAGCACAGCUUUGGCGGAAGAAGCCAUAAGGGGAUACAAGCUACGUUACUGGGAGAGCAAGGAGAGCAUACUGACGGCCAAGGACGUUCUGACUAAAGAGAAGGAGACCCGAGCGGUGAUCUCUGGGAUCGAGGGUGGCGUCGUCUACAACCUGAGGGUGCUGGGCUGGUCGAACGGGGGAGACGGAAAGAAGAGCCCCACAGUGUACUUCACGUUGGGUGGACAGAUUCGUUAUGACCCUCUAACAAGCGACAUACUGGCCAAAGGGAGUGAACUCUGCAUUUCAACCAUCUGUUUGGUUCUUGGUGUGGUCUUUAACUUGUUCGUUCUUUCUGCGAUGUAUGACUAGGAGCGCCAGGAAGAUAAAGGAAAACAGACUGUGAUAUCGCCUAAUUCGUACACUAGAGGGCAGCACCGCGACUGAGAAAAAACAGCAUGUGCAUUGAAUAAGUGUAACAGACAUUAGCAGUAUCAAUGGUUAUAUUAAGAGGUGCGUCCACUUUACGAUUACGCUGACCUUAAAAGAUGAUCUCUGGGAUGUUGUUCUUUUGGAAAUCUGAAGUGCAUUAUUAUCACGUGAAAUUGGUAAUCAAAACUAUAGUCCGGUUUAACGAAUACAGUUCAAAUUCAUAUAAAAUCAUAUUAUUAACUUUUAACUUUUAAACCCAUACAUAAGUAAAAAGGUUUUAGUUUUUUUUACAAAGUACCAUCAAAUUGCAUAGGUUAAAUCUUUUUUUUGAUACAGGUAUGAAGGCUACUGAUGGAACAGCCAAACCUUUAGUCUCCACGAGCAGCAUUAUCGAUUACUUCAAUGACAAUGAAGAGAAGCUGCAAACAUUUCGUUUUCACCCCUGUAUUAAAAAUUAGAUUUAAUCUAUAUAAUUUGAAUGUAAUAUGUUAAGUAACCUUUGUCUUAGUCCCUUACCGGUCCCACUGGAGUGGACUUCAGCUUUCAUCUCUGUCCUGUCUGUCCGUCUGUAUGUCCGUCCGUUUGUCCCACAUAUAAUUUUCCAGAUGUUUUUCUGUGUAUAGCUUUAUCCUAUACUAUUUCAUUACAGAUCGAGUUUGACUUUAGCAGAUACGGAAAAAAAAAAUUCGAACUCCCCGCCCCCCACUGCCUCAAGAUAUUGAGCGGAAAUUUUUUAUAUAGCUUAUGUUAUACUAUUACAGAUCAAGUUUGACUUUCUUUUAUUUCUGACAGUUAUGGCCCUUUAACUUAGGAGAUAAGAAAAUUAUUUUUCCAAACGUCUUCUUUGUUUAUAGCGUUUAUAAUUUUGGGUAUAGCUUUAUCGCUUUCUGUUAUAAAUCAAGUUUGACUUUUAUGGCAGUUUACCCUCUUUUUUGACAGUUAUAGCCCUUGAACUUUGGAGAUACGCAAAUUUUAUUUUAAUUUUUACUUUAAUUAUUAUAGAGUUACAUUGCACGUUUUGACGCAAACGGACUAUAGCCAGUGCUGCGUUCAGAAUGUUACAUAUAACUAGGGAAUGACACUGUAUACCCUAGUCAUGAAAGUGUUACGUAAGUCUGCUGUAGGCCUACUCUGUGUUUAAAGAAACAGUACCCAAUCUGUUCAUUACAUUAUUACGUCUUUGUUAUGUUACAAACCAACUUAGAACUGAAUCUUAAAAAAACACAAUGAUUCAGUUUUUAGUGAAAGUGUGUGUGUGUGUGUGUGUGUGAGAGAGAGAGAGAGAGAGAGAGAGAGAGAGAGAGAGAGAGAGAGAGAGAGAGAGAGAGAGAGAGAGGAGUAGGGUGGGGGAGAGAGAGAUAAUGGAGUAUAUAUCUGUGCCAUAUUAUAGUGUGAUUUGUUGUAUAUGCAAUCAUGUUCCUUAUCAGCAGCUUGUCCUUUCUACAGAGGUGUCCACAGAAUCAGGUUUUACUGUCUAGUAAUAGGCCUUGGACUUGGCAUUGAUUCCUUGAUUCCUUGUGGAAUUAUUUUGAAAUUGUUUUUUAGUUUUUCUUUGAAUGCAUUCAAUAUGAAAAUUUAAAGUUGUUUUAUUUAACGACACCACUAGAGCACAUUGAUUUAUUAAUUAUCAGCUAUUGGGUGUCAACCAUUUUGGUACUUUUUACAUAUAAUCUUAGAGAGUUAGUAGCAAGGGAUAUUUUAU